UGAAAAAAAGAACAAAUGUCAUUCAGUCCAUGUCAAACCCCCCAUGUUCACCUCAUAUUUGUUACUUCCGUCUUCUUUUUUUGAGGAAAAAAAAUGCAGAUGACUGUACAGUAUUAUGACAAAUGACUGAGGUUAGUAACCACAUCCUGUUCCAGCAUUAUUUAAGGCAAAAGCCAACAACACACAUAUUAAUAGAUGCCUGCACUUCAGGCUUGUACUACAAAAACAACCUUAUACACAGCAAAUCUAAAUAGUCUCACUCCAGAGCUCUUUGUCAGCAUUCCUGGGACUGAGGACAUGACGCUCAUCAAAGGCCUGAUUGACUUAGGGACUUUAGCUGUGGAUGUUUUCACUAGCGGUAAUAGAGAAGGUUCCAGGAGAACUACUGUCCUCGUCUUCACAUGUGUUUUUCCAAGCGUCAUGCUCAGCGUCUUACUGUUCCUGUACCUCCUCUCUACUUUGACUUGUGGCCCAGCCGUGUCUGCGGGAAUUGCUGUCCUCCAUGGGGUGGUGCUGACAUUUGCCCUUUUCCUGUCACAGAGAAUACGAUGCAUUUUUACCCUAUUUGUCAUAUCCCUUUUCACCAAGAAGAGUCGAAGUCUGCUGCUAACCGCUGGGACAAGUGUAGUUGUUCUCGGGAAUAUCCGCAACACUUUGGAGAACCUCACAUGCUUGGUCGGGAGCAUGAUUUGUAACCUGAGGGCCAAGAAGGCGUCCGUCAUUGCUCCCUUUAGAAACUAUGUGGACAUGUUGAAAUGGCUAGCUAAUAUAUUGCAAGGGGUGACAGAUCUCAAGGUAGUCAACCUGGACUCCCAGCUGAAGAUUUCACCCAAAGUGGACUUGGAACAUUUUCGGGAGAGACUCAACCAAGCAGAAUUAAUGCUUAAUCAAAGUGUCAAAUAUGCAGUGACCUUUAUAAACACGGUCUCCUCUAUGAAGGAACGUGUUUAUCCUACCGCCAGCUUCCUGGUGCUCAUGAUCUUUAUAGCCUUGCACAUAAGAAAUUACUGCAGUGAUAAGAAGUACAAAAAUAACUUUAUCAGCAAGCAAUUCAUUCAUUUUGACGAGAAGCAGAAGGCGGAAGGAAAACAGCACGUGCUUCCUCUCACAUCAGACGAGGAGAAGCUUUACCCUUCUCUUCCUUCCAUCCGUCCCACCGCCCGUGAAGGAAAAGCUCUCUUGAAAUUUGGCAUCCCAAUAAUAUCCCAUUUGGUUGCUUGGGCGAUAUUUAUAACUGUGGAUGCUUUGUUCUACUAUUUUGUUGCCAUUAUUACAACCAAGCUAUCAGAGAUGGAACCAUUCCACGUCCCUCUGCUCAUGAGUCUCAAAGGUGUUGCAACCUUAAUUGGAGUACAGCUGGGUGAGGAGAACCACCAAAAGGACUUUUCCUAUUCCGUGACGUUGUUUGAGAAGCAAUGCCUCCCCAAACCCAAACUGUUGCUCAACAACACCCUCAUCCCACUGGCUGCUAUCCUGCUGACCUUGCUCAUUAUGGCCCCACUUGCGGCCAAGGCGGUCCAGAUCAGGCUCAUGGUUUGUGAGAAAUUCUACUGCAUAGCUGCAGAGGAGAGGAUCAAGUACUUGCAUGGAAAAAUUCUGAGGAAGAGGUUAAAAAGGAGCAAGGAUAAAGAAAACAGAAAGACUUUUACGUCACUCCUCACUAAGCCACACUUCUGGUGUCCAUUGCUCUUCCCAGAAGAGGACAACAUUGUGUGAUCAAGGUUUUCCCACUGCACAAUUCAAGUGUUGCUGUUGGAAAUUCAAGCCCUAAAACUGACAGUUAUGUGAACACUUUGUGCACACUUUUUUGUGCAUAAAUCUGUGAUUAUUAUAUUUAAGUGUGAUGUGAUACAUUGUGGUGACCAUGGAUGUGUAGUUUUUGGUAAAAAAAAAAAAACAUUGUACAUUCUUUUUUAUAUCAAAAUAAUUUAAAUUAUUACCUUUAUGGAGUAGAAAUAUAUGAUUUGUGUCUAGGUGAAACACUACGAACAACUGACAAAACACAAAUUGAUGAUCGCAUGAUCAAUGAUUCACCAAAUAAAAAUGUACUCUGUUUCAUGAAAGAGAAAUCAUAGACACAAUAAAUCGUGUUCAUUAUAAUACUAGCAGUUUCCUCUUGAGACUCUUUCACAAACCAAUCCAAAGCAAAACAUGUUUUAAUAAGCCAAAAUAAGGAUGCCUUAUCUGAAUGUGUACUGUAUCUGAUGCAUGUGGGCGCACGCGUGUGCACAGACAGGAACUGUGUACUUACAUAAUCCAAGACAGAUGUCCCUUGCAUGUGCAGUGAACAGCACAGCACUCCUUCCACUUGCACAGUCUUGUCACUAUGCAUUGACAUCAUACAGGUGUUUCAUAGAAUAAGAACUUUCCAAUUUUCGUACGGCUGAUAAUGAUCAUUUCAUUUUCAAUAUAUGAAAAAACAGAAACACUGAGCUCA